UUCGAGUAAAGGUGCGGUGCGAAUUCGCGGGUCGCGCCAGCCGUCCCAAAUUGACCGUUGCUGGUCGCAAUCUUUCCUUUUUGGUUCUUUUUCUCCGUGCUGGCUUCCGGAUCCGGGUAUCUUCAGGAAUUCAUGGAAAGAUAUCAUCACUAGCUGAUGGAUUCGAAUUACCACACGACAGAAGCGACGACGCUCGAAAGCAUUUCUAGUGAACCGAGAAGAAAAAGAAACGCCUGUAGUGUAAGAAGAAAAACAUAACGGGCGAGAAGAAGUUCAAGCAGAAGUGGAUCAAAAAGCGAAUGCUCAACUAAUUUUAAACCCUCUCGUAUAUUUUUUUUUUUGGUUUUCGAAGAUUGGUUUUUCACGUUUUUCCGUAUGAGUGACGUGUAAAUCGGAAGGAGAAAAUUGAGCACCAGAUCAGCAGCGUGGUUAGCUCUAAGCAAAACGACAGCUGAGAGCACGCCGCGACAAGUGUAGGAGCGCCGUACUUUCGAUCCAAAAUUCCACACCGAAGAGAGGGAAGGAUUGUGAAAGUGCUAUGAUAUUGUGUACCGAAAGUGUCAGUUUAUCGGCGUGCUGAAACCACGAUCGAUUCGUUAUUUGGCAAAUAAGUGAUUUAUCGAUCGCGUGGGUUGAUGCGCCCUUGACCCGCGUCUUACGUUCCACCGGCCUCGAUUGUGUUCCACUAUGGAAACGAUACUCCUCGUUCCGGUAAACGAAACCGGAUACCGCAGUUAGCAGCUCGUCCUCGUAGCUACACCUUUCUUACAACGAAGAACAACUGCACAACAUAUGCGUUCAAAACAAUAGAUAAAAAAAAAACAAAAAUCGACUCGAUACUCGAAACUAUUGUACCCUCCGGUUCCGAUUCGCGACAACGAACGCGUUCCGUCUCGUUUGAAAGUCCUUCACCGAUCGAACGAUUGAUCCCGGGCCAGGUUUUUCGCCUCGUGUAAGCACGUGUUUGGGACGGUCGGAUUCUACAGCUCAGGAUCGUCGAUAUUGCCUCCUUGCUGGCCCCGCUCCACACUCGGAAAUCUUUCGCCAAUUGGCCCGCUUCGCUAACACCGCACCGGUCUGCUGUAGUUAUAAAAUCUUGCACCUUAGUCCUAACUGUAUAGUAGCAUCCUCAUCAAAACGCAAAUCAAUCGCUUCGAAGGUCACGACGGUGGGUUUUGUUGGCUUCCAGUAGUGUGGCAUCAUUCCUAGAUAGGAUAUAGAUCUGUUCAUCUGUAAAUUUUGUGUUUUCGGGGAUAACAGUGUCCGUGUUGCUGUGGUAGAAGGCAUAGAAUAACUGCACCUGUAUUGUGUUGACUGUGUGUCUCGGUUUGUCCAGAGUAAUCUAACCUACGUCCGGCAUCGAGUGACACUAGUAGCUACUGGUAGAAAACUGAUUGGCGCCGCCUCUUCCUAGUUUAACAAUCUCAAUACCAACCCUCUUCCAAGAAAUAAUCAACCCUCAUAACAACCCGUAGCAAUGGCAACGGGUUUCAGAGUACGCCGAUCACUAGAGGUGGGCAUCGGACUCCUCCUCGUGAUCGCGUUAUCAGCGGCAACAGCGUCAGUAACUAACGGUGUCAGUAACGGCACUCCGUCGAAUCAGUCAGUUUCGGCGGCGUCCUCGAUGUCCGAAGGGCACCAGGCAGCCCACGAUGACGAUGGAGCCACUUGCGAAGAUGGAUUACUCUUGUCUGUUUGGCAACCUCAGGAGAAUCUAACUGCGGGCGAUCGUUUCGCACGCGGCUUGGUGUACUUCUUUGCUAUGCUGUAUCUGUUCAUCGGUGUGUCGAUCGUCAGUGACCGGUUUAUGGCAGCUAUUGAAGUUAUAACUUCGAAGGAGAAGGAGGUCAAGGUGAAGAAACCGAACGGUGAAACACAGAUUGUGGUCGUUCGAGUUUGGAACGAAACGGUUGCCAAUCUCACACUGAUGGCACUCGGUUCGAGCGCACCUGAGAUUCUGUUGUCCAUUAUCGAAAUCGUAGCUAAGAACUUUAAUGCAGGUGACUUGGGUCCCGGUACGAUCGUAGGUUCCGCUGCCUACAAUCUCUUCGUUAUCAUCGCAAUUUGCGUCCUGGUUAUACCCGAAGGGGAGGUACGAAAGAUCAAACAUUUGCGCGUAUUCUUCGUAACAGCGACGUGGUCGGUGUUCGCUUACAUCUGGCUUUACCUAAUCCUUGCACAGAUCACUCCAGGUCGCGUAGAUGUCUGGGAAGGGUUCCUCACAUUCCUGUUCUUCCCCGCUACUGUAGCUACGGCCUAUAUCGCUGAUCGGAGACUACUAAUCUACAAGUAUAUCAACAAGCAGUACCGUAUGAACAAGCGCGGAGUUAUCGUCCAAGUAGAGGCCGAAUCGGCGCUUGAGAUGAAUAAUCGGGACGAGAAAUUGAAUACUAUCGAUGAGAAUGGCGGCAUCACCGAGGAGGUCCGUGACUUUGAAGAAUCCCGUCGCGAAUACAUCUCCACGUUGAAAGAUCUACGCAAAAAGUAUCCCCAGCACGAUCUGGAAACGCUCGAAAUAAUGGCUCAGGAACAGCUCAUGAACAAAGGACCCAAGUCACGAGCAUUCUACCGCAUUCAAGCAACACGCAAAAUGAUGGGAUCUGGUAACAUAAUGCGAAAGAUUUCCGAACGGGCGCAGUCCGACCUGAGCGAGGUCAAGGCCGAACUGCAACGCGUCGAUGUUGACGAAGCGAUCGAGGAGGACGCGGCUUGCAAGGUGUUCUUCGAACCUGGUCACUACACGGUCAUGGAGUCGGUCGGUGAAUUCGACGUUCGGGUCGUGCGCCGCGGCGAUUUGUCUUCCACGGUAACGGUCGAUUACGAAACGGAGGACGGUUCGGCCGAAGCCGGUUCCGACUAUAUCGGCAAGAAGGGUACGCUCACCUUCCUGCCCGGCGUUGACGAGCAGCGCUUCCAAAUCGAGGUCAUCGACGACGAAGUGUUCGAGCAGGACGAACACUUCUACAUUCGGCUAAGCAAUGUUUCCGAUCCGGCCAUCCUUUCGACCCCGAAGGUCGCAACCGUCAUGAUUCUGGAUGACGAUCACUCCGGUAUCUUUGCGCUGGCUAGCAAGGAUCACGAACUGGUCGAAUCGGUCGGCCUGUAUGAGCUCAAGGUGCAACGGUACAGCGGUGCUCGCGGCAAGGUUCGGGUACCGUACUGGACCGAGGAUGGCACAGCGAAGGGCGGCAAAGACUACGAGGAGCAACGCGGGGAGCUGCUGUUCGAGAACAAUGAAACAGAGAAAACCAUUCAGCUGGUCAUCAUCGAGGAGGGCAGCUACGAGAAGGACGUGCUACUGUACGUCAACAUUGGCGAGCCGCUACAGGUUGGAGAUGACAAAAUAACAGGAAUCAUCGAGGCAGCCGAAUCGAAAGCCCCAGAGGAGCUGACGGAGGAGGACAAAAUGGCACUGCUGGGCCGACCGAAGGCCGGUGAUAUUGUCAGGGCACAACUUAGGAUAAAAGAAAGUAAAGAAUUUAAGAUCGCUUCAGGAGACUGAGUUUAGUCACGGUUC